AUGGAAUUAUUGCCUAUAAAUGUAAUUGCUUAAAUUUUGAAAUUCUUGAAUAUUAGUGAAAUAUAUUCUAAAUUAACAUUAUCCAAACACUUAAUGUAUUAAUUAUUUUGAAUUAGAUAAUUAUUAUAGAAUAAACAAAUACAAAGAUUAAUAUUAAGCAUUUAUUAUCCUUAGUAAUUGAUGAUCAAAGUAUAAUAGGAUCAAUAUAUGAGUUUAAUAAAAUCCUUGAGUAAUAUCACAUUAUAAGAGAUUCCAUUUUGGGGAACUGAAACUAAUGGAGGUUUGACUGAUAAUAGUUUAAGAUUUUGGAUUGGAAAAUCAUUCAUGAAUACAGAUAGUUAAUAGGUAAGUAUUCUUAGAUUAGAGAAUUCUUUUAUUUCAGGAACUUUAGCUUUUGAUUCAAUUAACUUAAAAUAAGCAUUAGUUUAAUAUACAAAAAGAUUUAUUGAGAUUUUGGGAAUGGAAUUAAGUUAAACAUUUUACACUUCUAAUUCUGUUAAUAUUAGUGCUAAUAAGAUUAAAAUCUAUGAUUUAUUUUUAAGUUUUCAAUAUUUAGAAGAUUUUGAAGAUUAAACAAUAUUUGAUGGAUUAGAGUAUCUUUAUCUUUAUUAAUAUUGUAAAAACCUUUAGAUAGUUUUAAUGACUUCUUAAGAUAAUUACAAUUUAAAAGAUGAUGAUCAUUAAAUGUAUUCGUUUUAUAUUUAUAUAUUAGUUUACCUUUAGCAAUAUCAUUGGUUUAAGGAGUGUAAAUUUGUAGAAAGACAUUUAGUGAUAAAAUAAUAAAAACAAUAUUAUUAAUAACAAGUGAAGAUUAAUAUAUUAAAGAAAAUAAAAAAUAUAAUUUAAAAACAGUUGAUGAAUUAUAUAAAUUAAUUAAUGAAGAUCCAAAUUAAUAUAGUCCUGCUUAAACAAAUAUAUCACUUUUAUAGAAUUUUAGUGAUUAAACUUAAUUUGAUAAUUCAUUUUAAAAUGAGUAUAUUUAUUGUACUUUUGAACCAAAAGGAUAACUUUAACCUUUAAUUUGGCUAUAAUUUGUCAAUCCAAAUACUUAUGAGAUUACUAUAAAAUUUAAUCAAUUUACUCAGAGAUUAGCUAAAUCAAUUUAACUAAAAUUUUUAGAAAUUGAUUAAUAAGAAUAAUUUGAAUAUACAGGAAUUUCAUUUGGAUAUAUAAGUAUAUAAGGAUAUGUUUUAGAUUCCAAUGACUUAAAUAUACUUAAAUUAAAUUGA